CAAGCAGCCUCGCGAGCGGCCGCGGCGCGCCAGCCGGGAGAGAGGUGGCACCAUGGAGCUGAAGAAGGACAGCAAUGCUGUGUCCAUCGACAUGCUGCUGAUCGUGCACUCGGAGAAGCUGCGCGCCGCGCAGGGCACGCACUCGGAUCGGCAGGCGGACCCGGGCGCGCUGCUGCAGCGCCGAGGAGGACUCCAAGGUGUCGGAAACGGAAUCCGGAAGUGGCAGAAAAUAGAAGCAAAUGACCUUCCUGGGACACAGCUGACUGUGGAAGUCCAUCCUAGAGACGCUAUGCCCCAGCUGUUCAAGAAGUUUUCCUUGGCUAAACGUUUACAAGGCGAUAAAAAUGGAAAUACAAGACCCCGGCAGCCUGGAGGGAAAGAUGCACAUGCCUACCCCUGGGACCGGUCCAGCCUGAAAUCCAUGCCCCUGGACCUGCGGCAGUUUGAGAAACUGGACAUUCAUGCGUCACAGGUGAUGGUCAAGAGUGGCCUGGAUGAGCUGGUGAGUGACCUGGUCCAAGAGGCCAACAGUGACCUGGAGAGGGUCCGCGCCAUCUGGAUCUGGAUCUGCCACCACAUAGAGUAUGACAUCGUAGCUGCCCAGGAGAAGGACCGCCAAGCCUUCAAGAUCACUGACAUUCUGCAAACCCAGAAAACCAACUGUGAUGGCUAUGCUGGGCUCUUUGAGAAAAUGUGCAGGAUCGCUGGAGUGCAGUGCAUGACGGUGCCUGGCUACUCCAAGGGCUUUGGCUACCAAAUAGGCCAGAGCUUCUCUGGAGAAUUCGACCAUGCCUGGAAUGCUGUGUUCCUGGAGGGGAGGUGGCACCUGGUGGACAGCACCUGGGGCAGUGGCCUAGUAGACAAGAGCACCUCCAAAUUCACCUUCCUCUACAAUGAAUUCUACUUCCUUACCCACCCUGCACUAUUCAUCGAGGACCAUUUCCCAGACAAUAAGAACUGGCAACUGCUGAAGCCUCCUCAGUCUCUGAGGCAGUUUGAGAACAGUAUGUAUCACAAGAGUGAAUUCUACAACAAGGGGAUGCUGAGUGCCUACCCGGAGACCUCCAUGAUCAGAACAGUGAACGGGAAGGCCACGGUCACCAUUGAGAGCUGUGCCCCCACGCUCUUCAUGUUUAUGCUCAAUGGCAAACAGGAGCAUGGGCUACUGAGUCUCAGAGAGAAUGGGAUGAAGCUGGAAGUAUACCCUCCAUCCACGGGCACCCACAAGCUGCAGAUCUUCGCCAAAGGCAACUCCGACAUUUACAGCUCAGUGCUGGAGUACACCCUCAAGUGCAACUAUGUGGACUUCGGGGCCCAGCUGCCCAGUGAGCUGCACCAGCCCGUGGGCCCCAGCUGGUUCUCAGAGAAGAUGGGAAUCAUAAAGCCCUCGCACCCUGACCCCAUCAUCCAUACCACUGAUGGGCGCUGCUCCAUCAGCUUCGGCGUGGACGAGGGCAUCAGCGUCCUGGCCUCCCUGCAUGGCGAUGAUGGCCCCAUCACUGAGGAGACACAACGGCGCUACAUCUUCCAGCUGCACCAGGAGAAGAGGACAGAGCUGAAAGUCCAGCUGCCCCACGCCGGCAAAUUUGCCCUCAAGAUCUUUGUCAAGAAGAGGCAGGAAGUGGGCAACUACAUCUUUGUCUUCAAUUACCUCCUGUGCUGCACCAACACCAAGGUGAACUGGCCCAUGUUCCCCGAGAGCUUCGGCAACUGGGGGCAUGACAAUGAGCUGCUGGAGCCUCUGUCCGGCGUGCUUCCUGCCAACCGGAACAUCCCGUUCAAAUUGAAGCUACCCGGUAUCGCCAAGGCCCUGGUGAAGGGGCAGGACACAUGGCCCCUGACCCUGAACAACGAGGGCUACUGGGAGGGCAGCUGCAGCACAGCAGGCUGCCAAGAAGUCUACGUCAUGGUGCUGGAGAACGCCAACCACAACUUCUACUCCUACAUCCUCAAAUACAAAGUGAAUGCCCAGUGAAGGGCUACACUCUCGUCCCCCAGCCCCUGCCACACCCUCCUAGAGAGCCAAGGCCAGGCCUGCCCAGGGAGGACCCCAGGGAAGUGCAAAGAGCCCUGGAUACAUCUGAGUCUGCAUGAAAUCACUUCUAGGCCUCUGCCUCAGUCUCUUUCCUCUGUGGCAGGAGCUGUGCACAGAAAUUUUAGCAAUGACUGGCGGGACAGAGGCCAAGGCCCUUUAAAAGAAAAAGGUGCUAUGUAAAUCCAAGGUAUUGUAAACUGUAGCCACUGACCAGGUGCCUCUUCUUGUAUGGAUGUUGUUGUUGUUAUUGGGUUGAUGUGGGAAUGCAAAUCCCAGGCCGAAUGCUUUUCACAUGAUGGUGUGAGAAUUCUCAGAAUUCUCCUCUCUGCUGAGAGGGACAGGAUUUGCGAGGCUGAGUCAUCCUUG